GUUUUAAAGCAGGGCACUCAAGUUGGAUUAAUACAUUUAAAGACCUCAAUGCCAACACUUCGGGAUUCAAAGUUGAUCUCUGGAAACAAAAUAUCAACAAAAGUUUGACAACAGUAAGGUUUAUAAAUGUGAGAGAUCCUUGGGAAAGACUCCUCUCUGCAUAUAUGGACAGAAUGACCUAUCACGAAAAUAGACCACAUAAAAGUUGGCAAAGGAACUCUAUUGGGCGUCGCAUAAUGUUCAAAUAUUAUCCUGGAUCAAAUGCAAUGGUGGUUCCAUAUGAAAAGAUAAGUUUUACAUUUACAGAUUUUUUAAGAUACAUAAUAGAUGAACCAAAACAAUUGGCUGGAAGACUUGACGACCACUGGUUACAAUACUAUGAACGGUGUCGACCAUGUGACCCUUACUUAGACUACAACGCUAUAGUUAAACUAGAAACAGUCACCGAAGAUUCAAAUUAUGUUCUAGAAAAAAUAGGCGUUAAAACCAAAAUCAAGGAUGGGCCAAGAAAGACAGCAAAAUAUCUACAGGAACAAUAUAAGGAGGUUCCUCGUUGGAUUAUUGAUGACCUGACAAAGAUAUUUUACUGGGACUUUAAAUUAUUUGAUUAUGACAUGAAUUCUCCUUUAGUACGCAAAUCAAUAUCUUAGGAAUUAGCUGUAUCAAAAUUCAUAAAAUGUACAACAUAAUAAAAGCCUUUAGAGGGGGGGGGGGGUGUAUAGAGAUAUUGUAUAUCGUAUAAGAGGCUGAAAAUUUAUUGUAUAUUGUAUAAGAG